GCCAUUUUGAUUUCAUUGUAAAGAUGGCGUCUGUUCGUGGAUACGUGAAGCUACUCAGACCUUGGUUUUUAAUGCUUUUGAUGCUCCUUGUCUUACUCAUUACCUAUGUAACAGCUACUGAAGAUAACGUAGAAGCUGGUAGUGAUUCGUCUAAUGAUUUUGCUGAAUUCGAGCAGGAAGUAGACGAUGAUGACGAAGAGGCGCCGGCAGAAGUAGAAACGCCACCAACACCUACUACUCCUCCAAAUCGAGAACAAGUUCAAGAAGAAGACAAAGAUGAUGAUGAUGCUACUGUAGAGCCUGAUGAGCCAGAGGGUGAAGAAGAAUUUGAUCACUUUACAGAUGAAGAAGAGUUUGAGGGCUAUAACAAAGAUAAAGGAGCUAAGGGCAAACCAGGUCCUCAACCAGACCUUAAGAUUGAAAAGGUCCCCCUUCAUUUACGAGCUAAUUGGGAAGGUUUUUAUGCCGAGAUUCUAACCUUAGCAGGACUUGUAGCAUAUGCUCUAAACUUCUUUGCUGGAAGAAAUAAAAACUCCAAACUAGCAACAGCUUGGUUUAAAUCUAACAAAGAGCUGUUGGAGAAUAACUUCCACAUUGUAGGUGACGAUGGUUCUGCUGAUGAACCACAGCAAGGUAUUUUGGUGAAGGAGAGCGAGAGCCUCUAUACCCUGUGGUGUACUGGAAGGGUUGGAUGUAAUGGGUUACUGGUAGAGCUCAAGUUACAAAAAAGGCAUGAUCUUGUAAAUGUGAUGUCCCAUCUUGUCAAGCCAGUAAGGGAUACUAUUACAAUAACUGUACAUAUGACGGAUGAAGAGAUGGACAACUUUGUACUUGCUGUUGUACCCAAGAAAAUGGCAACAAAAAUGCAGAAAGAAUUGUUAGAUUUGAAUUUCUUCUGUCCAGACAAAAGGAGUGGAAAUAAGUAUGAUCUUCCAUCAUCUCUUGUGAUAUUAACAGAGUCUACUGAAGCAGCAAAUAUUCUGUUAUCACAGCAGGUUAGCAAAAUGAUAAACACAUAUGAAGAUAUGUUUGAAUCAAUGAUAUUCUCUGAUCAAUAUGUUGGCCCAAAACAGGAGGAUGAUGAUCAAGGAAAUGCAAAACCUGUCAAACCAAAGAAAGUCUUGAUUUUCAACUUUAAAGUUGGUAACAGUAAAGGUAACACCAAGGCUCAAGAUAUGGUAAAACUAGAACCCAUGACGAGGCUGGUCCUCUUUUGUAUUGAUAGAGUACGCAGGUUCAAGCUGGGAAAAGACGCCAAAGCAAGAGCUGAGAAAAAUCGCCGUGAUCUUGAAGAGAGUAUCUUGAAGCAAAACCAUGCUCAAAGACAAGAGGCUGCUCAACUUCGUCGUGAGGAGAAAGCAAGAGAAAGCAAAGAAAAAAUGAUGCAAGAAGAAGAUCCUGAUAGACAGCGGCGUCUAGAGGAACGUGAAAACAAGAAAGAGGCAAAGAGAAGAAACCCUUUUAAGAUCAAGCAAAUCAAAGCUCGUGGCUAAAGAACUGUUUUUCAUAACUCUUCCUCCCAUCCGUUAAAACUUAAUCGUAAAGCAAUAGACCUAUCCCGAAUUCGCUUGACUGACCACGAAAAAAUGGCUUGAAGUCGAGACUGGACUUGAUUCUCUUAUUCAUCAAGUUCAACCUCGACUUCAAACCAUUGUUUCGUGACCAGUCAAGCGAAUUCGGGAUAGAGUCUAUUGAACAGUCUAAUUAAGGCAGACUUACGUAUAACAAUCAAUUAAUUGUCAGUAACAACGUAAAUAAAUUUCUAAAAUGCUGCUCGUAACUUCGUCUCGGACAAGAUACAUGUAGGAACUGCUCUUCGUGCAAUUGAAUUUUUUUUAAUAUAUUGCUUUGGAACUUGCAACUGAAAAAUGUUUCGUAAUAAGUUGCACAAAAUUGUUGCUCGUGUAUGAAGAAGUUUAGCUUAGAUAAUGAUCGACUGGCUCUUAAAAUGCACAAUGUUAAAUAUUUAUAACUUCUAUAUAAGUAGUAUCAUGCAUUAUGUAUGUAGCAAGGGCUAAAGGCGCGAUUACGCGGAGCAAUUUUUUAUGCAACGUGUCUCGCAACAGCGUUGCAACACAAGUUGCAAAAGUGUUUAAACGGUGAAAUGGAAAUGCUAUCGUUGCCAAAAGUAGUCUCAGGAUCUGGGACCGAAACCAAUAACGGCUGUGAAGGAGACUAUGCCAAAAGUAGAAACUAAUUGUACUUUUUGCAACGAUUGGUGCAACUUGUUUUAAAGACUGCGCUGUAGGUUACACACUGCAAUGCUCCAUGCAACUUGUGUCGCAACGCCGUUGCGAGACAAGUUGCAGAGAAAAUUGCUCCGCGUGAUCGCGCCUUGAACCAAAAUUCAUCGAGUUCUCUGGACAAGCGUAUAAAAAUUUAUUAGUUCGUUAUAUGUUUUUUGUACUAGUUUUUUAAAUGGGCAGGUGGUAUUUAAGCCCUAACUUUAUCAUUAUACUUCUCCUUAAUGUUCUAAGCCAGCAACAAAAGGUUGUCGCAGCCAAAGGAAAUAGUCAAUAGGUCAUUCUAAGACUGAAAGGAAUUCUGGGUAUACAGCUAAACACAUACUAUCGAAGACUUUGAAAUGGUUUCGUCGAAUGCGAACGACACUGGGUAUCUCAACACUAACGUAACUGUUCUUGGAUCUUGGAAUGACCUAUCGCCGUGCCUUUGGCUCCGUGGACAACCAUUUUUGAAAUGGAUAUAUCAGUACUGCAGGUGCUGAGCUCCUCAAGUUGAAAUAACAUUUGAAAACUUUGCCAUAAGUUCAAAACUAGAGUGAAGUGAUUAAACCCGUGAAAUAGAUAUUAGACUAAUACACUUUAGUAGACCUUAACUCCAUUGUUUUCUUUUAUGUCUAUUUGACUAAAACAUGUUGACUAGUAAUUUUUAUUUUACGGGUUUAAUGCCUUCACUCUAAUUUGACAGGGUUCAAAGGGUCACAGUCAUGGUGCAUUUUUGCCUAGCUGAAGGUACAAACAUCUUUGGUUCACCAUGCCUUAUAUGGUGUUCGUACCCAACCUAGACCAGAAUGCAUCAUUUAUUGAACUUUGCAAUUUAGGCUUGGAGAAGGCAUUGAAUUUGUAUAGGAAAUCACACUUUUUCUUGGAAUUUAUAAGUACGAGUGAUGUUUUGAAAGUUUUCAAAAUUGAACGAGCCAUCGAGUACAAUUUGAGAACUUUCAAAACAUCACGAUUCAAAAUUGUACGGACGAUUGUGCGAUUUUUUGUUGAUAAUACACUCACAAAGCUGAAAAACUUAAUUGGGAGUCUACAAAGUACAAUUUGGGGUUUAAUUGUACUCCUCUCGUCUAAUCAGAAUCGAGUAAUUUGGUUGAGUGUAUUAUAAGGGAUAAUAUUCUGGGUAAUGGAAUUCCGUAUUUUUUGUCGCGGUUUAUGUUCAGUUGUUGGAAAUAAGGAAGUUUAGUAAACUUUUUAUCAAGCAUCAA